CUGCCGGGGGCAAGCAGAUGUAGAAAGGAUGCAGAGAGGUUGUAGGUGCCCGUGGGGGUGAGGUGGGGAACAGGGGUGUAGGCUGGUGAACGGCUGUGGGUCUGCAGGGUGUUGGGGGGCUCUUAGCCCCAUCCCACCCCACGGCAGUCCCAGGGGGAUCAGUGACAGCACUGAAUAAAGACAGACAUGCGAACAGCAGAAAUUAGAGAAUUAAGUAGUUUCUUCUGAAGUCUGAAACAGCGGUUCGUUCUCCCUGGGGGGACUUUGAGAGCUCAAACUUCUGAGAGCUGGUUGAAGCAGUGAGGUUUCACCGUGCACUCGCUCAUCUGCUGCUGGUGCUGUGAAAUCCGUUGCCUCUCAGUAGCUCUGCCUUCGCAAGCACAGCCUGGGUCACGUCUCAAAGCUGGCUUGUUCCUACUGCCAGAAGCCUUGGUAUGGAGUCCCUCACCCUUACUAAGGAAAAGAGAUCGGCUGGUUCAGCUUAGCUCAGCUGCAUGAAAUAUGGGAGACGACAGGCCGUUUGUGUGCAAUGCCCCCGGCUGUGGACAGAGGUUUACAAACGAGGACCACCUGGCGGUUCAUAAACACAAGCAUGAGAUGACAUUGAAAUUCGGCCCCGCUCGAACCGACUCAGUCAUCAUAGCAGAUCAGACUCCGACCCCAACUAGGUUCUUGAAGAACUGCGAAGAAGUGGGACUCUUCAAUGAACUGGCCAGCUCCUUUGAGCACGAGUUCAAGAAAGCCGCGGAGGAUGACGAGAAAAAGAGUGCCGGAGCCCUGGACAUGUCUCUGCCCUCCACCCCGGACAUCAAGAUAAAGGAGGAAGAGCCGGUGGAGGUGGACUCUUCACCGCCCGACAGCCCUGCAUCUAACCCGCAGUCGCCCCAAAACAAGGAGAAGGAGAUCACCUCCAAGCCCGUAAUCAUUUCUACGCCUACUCCAACCAUCGUGCGUCCAGGCUCGCUGCCGCUACACUUGGGUUACGACCCGCUCCACCCUACGCUGCCUUCCCCAACCUCUGUCAUUACCCAGGCUCCCCCUUCCAACAGACAGCUCGGGUCUCCCACAGGUUCCCUUCCACUUGUCGUGCAGCUCGCAAACGGACAGACUAUGCCCGUCCUCCCAGGCCCUCCUGUACAGAUGCCUUCUGUUAUAUCGCUGGCUCGACCGAUGUCCAUGGUGCCGAACAUUCCCGGUAUUCCUGGGCCACCCAUCAACAGCAGCGGGUCCAUUUCACCAUCAGGACUUCCCGUGCACUCUGAAGCCAAAAUGAGGCUGAAGGCCAGCUUGACAGCAUCUUCCUCACUGAAUGGCAGCAACCUGGUGGUGGGCUCAGCCAGCACGAUGGUGACCGCACGUCCAGAGCAGAGUCAGAUUCUUGUCCAGCACCCUGAUGCCCCUUCCCCGGCUCAGCCACAGGUCUCCCCUGCCCAGCCCCCCCCCAGCCCCGGCGGGCGACGGAGGCGCACGGUUGACGAAGACCCAGACGAGCGCCGGCAGCGCUUCCUGGAGCGAAACCGGGCUGCCGCGUCCCGCUGCCGUCAGAAACGCAAGCUCUGGGUGUCUUCCCUGGAAAAGAAAGCAGAGGAGCUCACGACCCAGAACAUCCAGCUGAGCAAUGAAGUUACGCUACUGAGGAACGAAGUUGCUCAGCUUAAACAGCUCCUGCUGGCUCACAAGGACUGCCCCGUCACUGCACUACAGAAGAAAACACAGGGCUAUCUCGAAAGCCCAAAGGAGAGCUCUGAGCCCACCGGCUCCCCUGCUCCCGUCAUCCAGCACAGCUCCGUGACGGCUUCCCCCAACGGGCUCAGCGUCCGCUCGGCGGCAGAAGCGGUUGCCACUUCGGUGCUCACUCAGAUGGCGAGCCAAAGGACAGAACUGAGCAUGCCGAUACCGUCACACGUCAUCAUGGCUCCACAGUCGCAGUCUGCUGGCAGAUGAUGUCACAGCCUGUGCGUGUGACACGGAGCUAACCGCGAACUCGCAGCCGGAGAGACUGACCAUAACCAAGUCCCUGACGAGUGGGGGCCGAUAAGGA